AUCGCCGCUGUUUCCUCCUCCUCACCUUCCCUCUCUAACCGUCUCGCACAACGCCUAUAUUAACACGCAUCAGAGCAAUAAACAUUGUCUUGGCCCAGCCACCACCCGUGCGUCGUGCGUAUUCUUCAGUGGCGACGAGGAUGGGAUAACAACGGGCCGCCUACUUAGUACGCCACUGCCUUCGACACCAUGGGAGGAUAUGCCAGCCCGCCACAGUUUGACGAGACGAGCGACAAGUGGCCAGCUUUCCAAGUUCGACUGGAGGCCUUCUUUGAAGGCAAUGGCGUCAUGGACGACAAGAAGAAGCGGACCCUUUUGGUUGCAGCGCUGACCACCCACACCGUGGACGUACUUAACGGACGAUGCGCGCCAGACAAGGUGAACGAACUUUCGUAAGCCCAAGAGGUAGCUUUGUUGCAGCAGCACUUCUCACCGCAACUAAAGGAGAUAGCACAGUCUUACAAGUUUUUUUACACGUGACCAGAUGCCAGGCGAACCUGUCAAAUAUUUCAUAGCUGGCAUUCGUCGGCUAGCAGACACAUGCAAUUUUGGCGCAACGUUUGAUCAAAUGCUACGAGAUCGCAUUGUCUGUGGUCUGCAAAGCGCAGGAGUGCGUCGGCAGUUGCUCGCGAAGCCGCAGCUGACGAAGAGUGAAGCAGAAGAAGUCGUGUUAUCAGCCGAAAUGGCAGAAGCAAGCGCGCAACAGAUAAUGAGCCAUGCCGCUGAGGGAAGCGUACAUGCGAUGGGAGGCCAGGCUUAUCGCCCAAGAAACCGGUCGCGGAUUAUUUCAUGCACCCGCUGCGCAGCGAAAGGGCACGGACCAGAGGAUUGCCGGUUCCGUUCGGCCACAUGCUUCAAGUGCCAACAGCGGGGUCAUAUCGCCCGAGCUUGCUUCCGUUGGCAGAGCGAGUUCGUUGAGGGGCCACCAGGGCUGUCGCGUCAGGUACACGCUCUAUCGUCUCAGGAGUGCACCGCUGUGGAAACGAAUUGCAUAUUCGCGCUGGAGGCAGUGGACAGUCAUGUCAGCCACGUCGGCAUCACGCAACCCAUUGUGCGCACCUUGAAUUGUGCGGGGGUUCCAUUGGACAUGCAGGUCGCUCAUCACGUGUCGGUCAUCACGUGGCCCACGUAUGAGCAAAACAAAAGUGUGGCCCAACCUGCGCGGUUCGCCAAUGCAAACGACUUGCUUCGUGGGAAGGCUUCCCGUGGGUGGACAACUCAAGCUGAAGUUUUCGUGCGGAAAUCGGUAGACGGACGGAUCCCUGACAGCCCUCGCGGUUGUUCUGGCCCCAACCUGGGCGGACGAGGCUUGAUCCAGGCGUUCCACAUGCUCGAGGCGCCAGUCAUGAGCGCGACAGUGAGACGCCAUUUUAGGCGGGAAGAUGAAGACGAGGAUGUUGAGCAUUCACGCGUGGCUCGAGCCGAGCAGAGCGGCGACCCGGCGAACAACGGCGCACCUCUGGCAGCCAGCCGUCUCGAGUGGGUCCGCUAGUCUCCUGGGCAGUCGUGCCCGCCGGGACACGGCAGCGUCAGCGAAGGGCUCGGCCUGCCACCACACUUGGUGACGACGCCAGUUACUCGCGGCAGCAGCUGACUCCCGACGAAGCACGAUGGGCGACGAGUCGAUGGCGUCUGGCAUGUCAACCGGCGAUGCCGGAGGCCCACCAGGCGCAGCUGGCGGUGUCGGAGCAGAGGGUAUCAUGAAAAAGCUGACAAACUACUGGUUUAUCGUUGGGUCCAUACCACUGGUGAUGUUCCUGCUUGUCUGCCUCCCCACUGUGUUCUACGUCAAGUCCAUUUCAGAAUACAAAAACGCCUUCUACUGCAGAAGUAAGGCAUGUGAUGCCUUGGCGUCCGCAACAAAAGCAGCCCGAGAAGCGAAACCCUGCGACGACUACUUCACCUCCGUAUGCAAAGCGGCAACCGGCUUCGACAUCGCGGGUAUUUUCAAGAAGGAAAAAGCAUUUCUUGCCAAAGCAGUGUCUGCGCAUGGAGAUGAAGGAAAUGAAUUCUCCGCAGUUGGCGUGUUCUACGGAAAGUGCGACGGGGAAGUUGCAGGUACGGAUUUAUCAUAUGACAUGAUUAAACCAGUUCUGAACGGUGCCGAUAUCACGCUCCUGACUGAAGAAAAGUAUUCAAACGAAAAUGCAUACGAGGGCAUUUGUGCUGCGGCACUCACGUAUGGAAUCGACUGCCUCUUUCACUUCGAGUGGAUGCGUGGCGCCACGAAAAAAGCCUUCGGUGAUGAUCCAAAACCAGUGCUCGGAGAAUCCUUGCCGACUCCUCUGCAACACGCCGACCUUUCGAUUUCUGCUCCCGACAUGGGUAUUAUGGAGCCGAGCCAUUACAUUGUUACGUUGGGCGGAAAUAAAUAUGAGAAUAUAUUGACGUUGGUUUGGAAGCGGCUGGUGGAACUCAUGGAUAGUGUCGAGGAUGACGAUAAUGUUGCUCAAAAGAGAAUCGAAGCUAUCGGUAAAAAAAUGUAUGAGCUUUUAGAAUACAGCAAAGACCUGGACUACACAGCGGCGCCACGAAUGACCUUACUUAGUGAGCUUGGAGAGGUUAAAGCCGAGGAGCCCUUCACGCCAGAUGUCAAAGUUUCAUUUCCUGAGCUUGUCAAAAAAAUCGUGCCUGGAGUUGACCAAUACGAGCGCAUCCUUGUCCGGAGUCCGAAUUACAUUGACCUGCUGACACGUGCUCUUAACCUGAAACAUAGUGACGCAAACUCAGAACCAUACAUUACUCAGUACCAACUUUCCGCGUUUGUGCAUUUGGACACGAUUCUGAGGGUAGCGGCUUUCUUUGUGAUCCCAAAGGAUGGUAUCGACGCUCAAGUGAGGACGCUGUGGUGCACCCGCUAUUUGGAUUGGUUGAGCCCCACCACGAUGGCUUCCCUAGCGGACAAGUACUUGAAGACAACUUACUGGCCGUUUGGUCUCAAGAAUCCCAAGGACCCCAAAGGGCAGUUUCCGGCCUUUACGCUUGGUAUGAAGUACAUGUCUUCGUUAACGGAUGCCUUCAUGCACUCGUACGCCCUGUCGGCCGCUUCCAGCGAAAAGUCUCGAGCGGGCUUGUACGUCAAGAUGCUACAGAUGGAGUACAUGGCUUUCUACCCGAACAAGUCAGAUGCUAUGGACACAGAGCAAAUUAAGCAGUGGAAUCCGCAAAAAUUUGGCGAGGACUUCUCUUUGCAACCAUUCCUGGAAAAUCGAAAGGCACUUAUGUCGAUUUACUGGAAUAAACCAACUACCGAUCUUAAAUUCGCCUACAUCAUACGGUCCCCCUUGAUGUUCAGCGACGACGUUGGCUCCUACGACUACGGAACGAACUUAAUGUUCGUCCCCUUCGGAAUGUUCAGACCAUCGUUCUACAGGGACAGCACAGCCUACAUGGGAAACUACGCCACCUUUGGUUACUAUGGGUCCAUGAACCUCAUGAAGAUGAUAGACAACGCAGGAAGCUACGCCAAGGCGGGGUACAACUACCCUAUCAUGUGGCCUGGCACAUACGCAGUAGGCAGGAUGAAUUCACACUACAGGUGCUUCAAUCCUGAGAAACUGAAUGAAACAAACGCUCGCUUGGUCGCCAAAGGUUCGAACCCCAUCUCGCCAGGAUUUCGGUACUUCCGGAGACACGCCCUGGCCAGAGCUCACCCACGGCCGGAGUAUCGGCUUGACUUGGACGCCAGGGCUGACAUGGAACAGAUCUACCUCACAGCUGUGAUGCGGACCUACUGCCGCUACAAAACAAUGAAGGAGAGCGUGAACAAAAUGUUCCAGCACAACUUGUACUUCCAGAGCACUUACUGCUCAGAAGGCGGCAAACUGAAAAUAGGAGCAGACAAGAUGUGUUACAUAUGGCACAGCACGAGGCGGAACUAUUGAGACAGCGUGGAACUUUGGAUCAGCCGCAUACGCACCAGCUCAUUAAAGAACGCCAUGGCCACUGA